AUGGCAUCGCCACAGAGACCAGGGUUGUCUGGAGAUCCGGAGAAAGUAGAGCAAGAAACCCAGGAAAACUCAUCGAGAUCAAGCCACUUCCAACGUCUUAUCGACCAGGCCGGUGUUGAUUCCCAAGUAAUUGCACACUCAUACCCCGGCCAUGGCACCUCCCAAUCACCAUUCAUCGUUGAUUUUCUCCCAAUUGACGACAGGAAUCCAAGAGCGUUCUCGUCCAGGAAGAAAUGGACCAUCAUCUUCCUGCAGGCCUUGAGCGCCUUCAUCGUGGCCUUUGUUAGCACCGCAUUUUCUGGAGCGCUACCGGAUGUCGUUCGCACUUUCAACGUCUCGUCAGAAGUUGGCGUCUUGGGCAUCUCGCUCUUCGUCCUUGGCUUCGCGAUCGGGCCACUGUUCUGGGCGCCGCUUUCCGAACUCUUCGGUCGGCAGUAUGUGUUCCUGUCGACGUACACUGCGCUGGUCAUCUUCAACGUCGGCGCUGCUGUUGCACAAAAUAUCCAGACAUUGAUAAUACUGCGCUUCCUUGCUGGUACGGUGGGCUCGGCGCCCCUUGUCAAUGCCGGCGCUGCUGUCGCCGACCUGUUUGCGCCGGUCGAGCGUGGUCGGGCCAGCAUCCUUUUUGCUUCUGCACCACUUCUCGGCCCUUCUCUAGGUCCAAUCGUAAGUGGUUUUCUGGGUACGAGGUGCGGCUGGCGAUGGGUUGAAGGGCUCAUAGCCAUUCUCACUGGUGUGAUGGUGGUAAUCUGCGCAUUCAGCGUCCCAGAGACGUACAGUCCCGUCUUGUUGCGCCGGCGGGCUCAGAAACUGUCUGUCAUCACUGGGGACCAGUAUAUCUCUCGCUUCGAAGACAAGAAGAGCCAGGCCAGGGCCAAGAAUCGUUUUCGGAUCGCACUAUCCCGGCCCUGGGUGAUGCUGGUACGCGAGCCGAUUGUCUUGUUGAGCGCGAUAUACAUCGCCUUCAUAUACGGGACGCUGUAUAUGCUCUUCCCUGCUUUCCCCAUCAUCUUUGCACAAACGCGCGGAUGGGCCCCUGAGAUCAGUGCACUGGCAUUUCUAGGCAUGACGAUAGGAAUGGCUCUUUCAAUCGCGUUCCUCCUGUAUGACCAGAAGAGAUAUCGGGCGCUCACACUUGCGACCGGAUCAGCGCCUCCAGAGUCCAGGCUGCCACCUGCAAUGAUAGGCGCAUGCUUCCUGCCCGUCGGCUUGUUCUGGUUUGCCUGGACGAACGGACCCGACAUCGCCUGGAUCGUACCGAUCAUCGCCUCCGGAGUAUUCGGAGCAGGGCUCGUGCUCGUUUUUCUGAGCCUGACGAACUACCUCAUCGAUUCUUAUGCGAUAUAUGCGGCCUCGGCGCUGGCUGCGAGCGCCUUCAUGCGAUCGGUGUUCGGGGCGGCGUUCCCGCUCUUCGCGACCAAGAUGUAUGCCGGCCUCGGGAUUCACUGGGCAUCAUCGGUCCCUGCCUUCCUGGCAUUGGCAUGUCUCCCGUUUCCAUUUUUGUUUUACAGAUACGGAUCGUGGGUUCGGAGCAAGUGUGCCUUCUCUGCAGAGAUAUUGGCGGAGCGCUCUUUGACGUAG